CUACAACUACCAAGAUGCGCUGCAGUGAAAGCGGGUGUGUAAACACAACUCUAGGAAACAUGAAACGAUCGGGUGGCAGUGAGAGCGAGAAGAGAAGAAAGAGGCGCAGGCUGCUGCAGGAGCUUGGAGACCAGCGCAUCCCCUACCUCGGGCCCUCAGACCAUGGCUUCCAACAGCUGUGGGAGACUAGCUACUCUGGCCUGGCUCUGCGGCGGUCCUGCUCCCUGCCUGAGGAGCUCCAUGGUCGGGUGGAGGCUGCUCUGCUCACCCUGCGGCAGAGGGGCUGUUUCCUGAGGGACCUGGUGAAGGUGAGGGACCGAGACGUCUUCACCGCCGUGUCCCGGGUGCUGCUGGGUCAGCCAGGAACCACCUACCGCUACCUGGACACGCGGCUCUUCACCAUCCCCUGGCACACAGACGAGCAGAGAGGGACCUGCUGCGACCCAGACCUCAGUGCUGCCUGCAAAGCACUCUGGGAGCUCAACUGCUUCUUCUGCUCUGAUGUCGGAGACAGGAAGGAGGGAGAUGUUUUCAAGCAGUGCAGGAAAGAGUUGGUUGGUGCUAUAGAGUCUAAACCCAGUGUAGAAGGAGACACGGAGUCUAAAGAUAGCGAGGAGUCCAAACCCAGUGACGAUGGAGGAGACUCGGAGUCCAAGCAGAGUGAGGAGGGAGAGACUGAGUCAAAGCACAGCGACGAUUGGGACAUAGAGUCAAAACACAGUGAAGAGGAAGGCCCAUCGUCCAAACAGGAUGCAGCAUGGGAGUCAAGACACAGCGACGAGAUGGGAGACAUGAAGACUAAACAAACUGAAUUGGGGAGUCCAACGGGGUCAAAACAACACAGUGAGGGAAAACACACAGGCUGGAAGCACAGGCCAGCUGGCAGCACAGAGACAGAGACCACAGGCCUAGGCCCUCAGGAGAAGCCUGUGGCUGAGCUAAAACACAGUCUCUCUGGGUACCACAUUGAAGAUGAGGAGGAUGACGACCAGCAGAGUGGCCAGGGAUGCUCUAACUUCAACCCUGCUAAGACAUCCUGUCCUGGCCCGGCCCAGUUCAACGUCACCCUGCUCAACUACAUGGACCCAGCAGCUAUGAGCCAGCUGAAAGAAGAGCCGUAUUAUGGGAUGGGCAAGAUGGCUGUGGGCUGGCACCAUGAUGAAAACCUGGUCAGCCUAUCUCCUGUGGCCGUCUACAGCUACAGCUGUCAUGACAACGACAAAGCAGGUGUGAGCUCGGAGGAGGGUCCUGCAGAGAAGGGCUGCUGGAGGAUUGGUCUAAAGGUGGCCUGGGACAUCCACACCCCUGGAUUGACCCUCCCACUGCAGUCCGGAGACUGCUACUACCUGAGAGAUGACCUGAACAGGACCCAUCAGCACUGUGUUCUGGCUGGAGACUCAGCCCGCUUCAGCUCUACACACAGAGUGGCGGAGUGUUCAACCGGGACCCUGGACUACAUCCAGUCUCGCUGCCGGGAGGCCCUGUCUAAUCUGAGCACAGACCCAGAAACAGGGACCCACAGCCUGCUCUCCCUGCUGCCAGCUACCCUGCAAGGCUACGAGGAGAUACACAACGAGGUGGAGUUUGAGUGGCUGAGGCAGUACUGGUUCCAGGGCCAGCGUUAUACCCGGUUCUGCAGCUGGUGGGCCAGACCCAUGGAGCAGCUGGAGAAUGACUGGAGAGAGAUGGAGCACAUGACGCAACUCUUACUGGCAGCGGUAGAGGAAGAGGAACAACCGGAGGAGGGCAGGAGAGAGAUGGCAGAGACCCUGCUAACUGCCCUGACAGACAGACAGCAGCACAGACAGACCUGGAGAGACAGGUGCCAUUCCAGCCUGGCCCAGACCCUGCCCCCAGAAGAGGCCCCCGUGGACCGGCCGUUUUGGGCCGACAACGACCCCAGCAUGCCUCUGCCCUUUGACCUGGCUGACAUCAUCAACAGGGUGGAGUCACUCCUCUGGAGGAUGUGAUGGAUGGGACACAAAGAAAAGAGAAGGAGGAAGAGAGCGAGAGAGUCACCCCGUCAUCUGAACAGCCUCUAUCGUGAGGACAGACGACAGAGGAGGAGAACAGGACCUACCAACUCCUGAUGGUGUCAACGUCCUCCACUGGGGGUACACUUCCCCACCCCACCUAACCCUGUACCUCGCCCCACCCAAACCAGUCGCAUCUAGCUUUGCUUGGAUGGACCCAACAUGGCUGCAACAUGAGGAUGGAACCCUGAGUAGUGCUUUGCUAACAUGCUAUAGCUGAUAUUGGAGCUAGUCUCACAAUGGUAAUGUGGAUAACCUGCAGAAUUAAAACUGAAUGUGUAGGAAUGUAUUAUUUCAAUGAAUGUUCUGCUUCUUUUCUACAUUUAACCAGCUUUGUGUAUGGAUAUGACAAAUAGUCAUACAGAUGUAGGAUCUUAAUUUGACCAGUUUCUCACAGCAACAAAAUUAUCCUGCAGCAACAGGAAAUGUGAAUUAUGGGGUGGAUUAUAAUUAAUGGACAUUUUUGUAGGGGUUGAUACAUUUUUACUUAGGGCAGACCAAGUCUGACAUUUUCAAGUGGAAAUUACAAACUUCAGAAAUCCUUUUAAACCUUGAAUACACUACAGGUUUGCAUUUCCUGCAGUGCAGGAAAUUUCCUGCAACAACAGGGUGAUCAAAUUAAAAUCCUAUAUCUGGAGUACAUUUAUACUUUCUGUUUCUAACUCAAUGUUGUUCUAAUUAUACUGUUGUAUCCUAAUGUCCAUUCACUUCCUCUACUUCACAACUUUCUUGUUCAGAAUCUCACAGGGCAUGACUUUGUGUUACCACGAUGUGACUGAAAGUGUUUAUCUAAAGUGUGUGUGUGUGUGUGUGUGUGUUUGGUUGAAUGUGUGUCACUGCAGUAUUUACAGUAUGUGAUAUUGUAUAUGUGUGAAGCAGUAUGAUAGGGAUAGGGCCUGUAGCAGGGCUGGGAGAUGUUUGUGUUAGAGAGGAAAGGACAUCAGAGUCUAGUAGGCCUCUAGGUUCUAGUAGGCAGGCCUCUGUCUGCAGGCCUGUCUCUAGUCUGCUCUGUAGGUCUGAAAGGCAGCCCAGACAGACAGCUACUGUAGGACUGAAAGGCAGCCCAGACAGACAGCUACUGUAGGUCUGAAAGGCAGCCCAGGCAGACAGCUACUGUAGGACUGAAAGGCAGCCCAGGCAGACAGCUACUGUAGGGCUGAAAGGCAGCCCAGACAGACAGCUACUGUAGGGCUGAAAGGCAGCCCAGGCAGACAGCUACUGUAGGGCUGAAAGGCAGCCCAGACAGACAGCUACUGUAGGACUGAAAGGCAGCCCAGGCAGACAGCUACUGUAGGGCUGAAAGGCAGCCCAGACAGACAGCUACUGUAGGGCUGAAAGGCAGCCCAGACAGACAGCUACUGUAGGACUGAAAGGCAGCCCAGGCAGACAGCUACUGUAGGUCUGAAAGGCAGCCCAGGCAGACAGUUACUGUAGGACUGAAAGGCAGCCCAGACAGACAGCUACUGUAGGUCUGAAAGGCAGCCCAGGCAGACAGCUACUGUAGGGCUGAAAGGCAGCCCAGACAGACAGCUACUGUAGGUCUGAAAGGCAGCCCAGGCAGACAGCUACUGUAGGACUGAAAGGCAGCCCAGGCAGACAGCUACUGUAGGUCUGAAAGGCAGCCCAGACAGACCGCUAAGGCAGCCCAGGCAGACAGUUUAUUUAGGGCUGAAAGGCAGCCCAGACAGACAGCUACUGUAGGUCUGAAAGGCAGCCCAGGCAGACAGUUACUGUAGGACUGAAAGGCAGCCCAGGCAGACAGCUACUGUAGGACUGAAAGGCAGCCCAGACAGACAGUUACUGUAGGACUGAAAGGCAGCCCAGGCAGACAGUUACUGUAGGGCUGAAAGGCAGCCCAGGCAGACAGUUUAUUUAGGGCUGAAAGGCAGCCCAGACAGACAGCUACUGUAGGUCUGAAAGGCAGCCCAGGCAGACAGUUACUGUAGGACUGAAAGGCAGCCCAGGCAGACAGCUACUGUAGGACUGAAAGGCAGCCCAGACAGACAGUUACUGUAGGGCUGAAAGGCAGCCCAGACAGACAGCUACUGUAGGACUGAAAGGCAGCCCAGGCAGACAGCUACUGUAGGACUGAAAGGCAGCCCAGACAGACAGUUACUGUAGGACUGAAAGGCAGCCCAGGCAGACAGUUACUGUAGGACUGAAAGGCAGCCCAGACAGACCGCUACUAUAAUGUGUGGCUGAUAGAAGGAUCCCCAUCCCAACUGCCACUCUCUCUUCAUAAUUGCAGCUGUUCAAUGGUUUUUAAUUAGUCUUAAAGCGUGUAGAGAACCACUUUCCCUGUAGCGCUGCAGGCCAGAAACUCAGAUCCACGGCUUCUGACAAAACCAGCCAGGAAAGAGAAGCUAUGGGUGGAAAUGGGAUUGUUGUCAAAGCCAAGCAGAGCAGCCUUCUUUUUUAGUUCUUGGUAACACUUUAUUUCAGGGAUCAUCAACUAGAUUCAGCCGCGGGACGAAUUACAAAUCAUUUUUAGACUGCAAAUUGACCCCAAGAAUCCCAAACAGAUAUAAUAUUUGACUAAAACAUAAUAAUUUCAAACCUUGCUUACGUUUGUACACGAUUAAUUGUCUCUCUAUUAUGCGUGGGAAUACUUGGGAAUUCUAAAAAACCGCGGGCCGCAAUUGGGCAGCCCGGCUUUAUUUGAACUAGCCACCAUAAUGCCUGUAUAAUAAUGUUGUAAGCAUGUCAUAACGCUUCAUAGCUUGUGUCGUUGUCAAAACUGAAGCUUUAUGGCAUGUGUUGACAAGUUAUGACUCGUGGUAUGAAGCUUUAUAACAUGGUUAGAACAUUUUUAUGAAGGGUUAUGAAGAGAUCAUGGUGUUUAGUUCAAAUGAAGUGUUACCAAUUUCUUUAGAUAUCUAUCUAUAUCAACAGGAAGUAGAACUGAUAUAUAGUGUUAUAAAUGCACUUCUCAAAGUUGUUUUUUACUUCUGGAAGUUUUUCCGAUUUCAGAUGUUAACGGUUGCCAAAAUGUUGUUCUCUUGCUUAAUCUUUUUGUAUGUUGACUGAGGUUGAGAUUGUAUACUGGCUGUAUUGUUGAGUUGAACAACUAUGUGCUCUCUGUUUCACAGCUCAGCUUGUCUGUCUGAAGCUUUAGGAAGGCAGUAAAUAAACCAAGGCAGUGUUUUAUGA